AACCAGAUGGUGAUGCGACGCCAUGUUUCGCCAUGUUGCUGGCUUUGCGCUUCGCCUUGCUGGCGCGUACCAAGAUGCUGGUGCAUAUGGCGCAUGUCCCUGGGCACCAAUGCCAAAGGAUGAGGACUUUCGUGAGGCGGAGAAUGGCGCUGUUGAUCCCUCAAGGCAGUUCGCCCAGUGUGCCAUGGCCUUGAACGCUGCGGGUGGGCAUGCCAGUGCGCUCUGGGAGACCAUGGUCUUCGGGCGUUCGGACCCAGCGAGGUGCAACGACAAUGGACUGACCUUCCAGGAGAUGUUCCUAAGUCCUCGCUAUCUGGCUGUCGUUGCAGCCCCAGAAACCUCACGUAGCGGAGGUUGGCACGAAGUGAUACUAAUCAGCGUGUGCAUCCCCAGCCUGUGUCAGGGUGCCGCGGUUGCUGGAUUGGCAUUACCACGUUUGCUGGAAUGGCGCCAUGGAAAAGCUGCCAUGUAUCAUCCUUCACCUGGGCCAUGCGCCGUCGCACCUACCGAUCUGACAGAAACGCUGGGGAUUGAUGACUCUGCGUGCAUGCAGCAUUUAUCCAAGCAUAUUUUCUUGGACUCGUGCAUUGUAGCCGUGUACGCGUGGCGUAUCUUUUGUGACGCUUCCUUCUUCAACGCGCUCUUCGGUGCGCAGAUCCGUAGUUUGCCGGAAGAUGACUUGGGUUCGGGCUCACAGUUUGCCGUUCACCAGGAGGCCGCUUUGAUGCACUACUCGCGUUGCAAGGAAGGAGCCGGGAGCUACAUGGGCAUGUACUUCAACGGCAUCAGCGAGUCGGCUGCUGGCUACGCACUUGGGAUGUGCGUCCCUUCUUUGCAGACAACCUGGGGUGCUUCUCUGGAGCAAAUCAUGAAGUAUCGACUUGGACUGAUGAUGAGUUCCAGCUUCCCUGACGUUGAGAUCGACGCAGACAGUGUCAAAGCCACGGAAUUGAUGCAUCGAUCUGAACUGCAGGUGGACUGGGCCAUCAUAGGUCUUGGCCGAAGUGGCACCACCAGUCUGGCUGCGUGGUUGGACAGCCAUCCACGCUUGCGGCUGAUCCGUGAUGAGAGCGAUAACUUCCGGGAAGGAGCCUUUGACUAUUUGUUUCGGCGUUCCCUCUUGGAGCACCUCAUUCCCCGUGUGGCUCCCUUGGGCGGUCCACCGCGCCCCGGCGGCCGACGGAGCAGGAUCGUUCAGCACGGAAUUAAGGAACCCAACCUGCUGCUGAACAGCCGCGGCAGACAGAUUUUGGCGGAAAUGAAGCGCACCAAACUUCUGAUCAUCGUGAAGAAUUGGAUUGACUGGCUGAAGAGUGUGGCUUUAUUCGUCCCGACCACAGCGUGUUUCCCACGAAACUUGGCAACGCACGGUGAGGAUGGCAACCCCUGUGACUUUCCCUUCGAGAAAGCUCAUGUCUUCGAGCAUGUCAGCGAUUUGGAGCUCAAAGGAGUUGCCAGGUAUCGGAUCAAGGUGGUGCAUUUGAACACCCUUCAGGCCCAUCUUCAUGCAGCGCAUUACGGCCUUUCUGGGCGCCGGCAACGGCACGAUGCUUGAAGAGCUGCCGCGGGAAGGCGACAUGGCCCAGCUGGAAGCAGAGUUUUGGCAGG